AUGUCCAAUCCAAAUUUAAUAUUGAUUGAUGAUGACAAAGAUUCAAUUGAGGGAUCAUUAAAGGUCCCAAAAUUAAAUCUCAAAGCUUUAAAUACAACAUCUCCAAAUAGAGGUAAAAAUGUUCCAUUAAUAAAAACCAAUGGAAAUGUUUACCUAUUGGAAUCAACAUUAAUAAAUAGUAAAAAAAGGGAAUCACCAAAAGAUACAACCAAUCCUGAUUUAAAAUCUUUUAAAAAAUUUAGAGAUAAUAAUCCUGAGGCUUUAAAUACACCAACAACACCUGAUGUCACAUAUAAAAUGAAUAUGCUUUUACAAGCAAGCAGUUCACCAUCGAGCUCCCCAAGUAACAGUCCUGGAAGAAACGUUGAAUCAAAAUCAAAUUUAAAUAAUCUUUUACUUAACAAUGAUUCUGAUAAAAAUGAUGAAUCAUUUGAUUUGCCAAAUAACUUUGUAACAAAGUUUAAUUCAAUUUCAUCCUCACCAUCCCCACCACUUCAACAAAAUAAUAACUGUAAUAAUAAUAAUAGUAGUAAUAAUAAUAAUAUUAAUAAUAAUGUUAAUAAUAAUAAUAACAACAAUAAUAAUAACAAUAAUAUUAAUAAUAAUGUUAAUAAUAAUAAUAAUAAUAAUAAUAACAAUAACAAUAACAACAACAAUAAUAAUAAUAAUAAUAAUAAUAAUAAUAAUAUAAAUAAUAAUAAUAAUAAUAAUAAUAAUAACAAUAACAACAAUAACAACAAUAAUAGUAAUAAUAUUAAUAUUAAUAAUAAUAAUCACAAUAAUAAUAAUAAUAAUAAUAAUAAUAAUAAUAACAGUAGUAAUAAUAAUAAUAACAAUAAUAGUAAUGGUAUUAAUAUUAAUAAUAACAACAAUAAUAAUGGAAAUAAUAAUUAUAAUGCUAUCGGUAACAAUAACAACAUUCAACCACCACAACAACAACAACAACAACAACAACAACAACAAAUUCAACAACAAAUUCAACAACAACAACAACCAAUAAUGGUGAAUGAACAAAAAUGGACUGAAUUACUUGAAGAAUUCAGUACAAUGAAACAAGAAAAAAAUCAAAUGGAAAGAGAGUAUAAAAAUCAAAUUGAUCAAUUAAAGCAACAAUUAAAACAACAACAACAGCAACAACAACAACAACCACCUCCAUCAGCCAAGAGACCAAUGUCAAGUAGAGGCAUUUCAUCAAUUGGUAUUAAUGAUCCAAUUAUAAUACAAGAUUAUUUAAUAAAUGAGGUUAAAGUAUUAAAAUCAAAAUUACAAGAUAGCCAAAAUCAAGUUCAAGAUACAAAUGCUGCAAUCAAAAGUGUUUCAUCCAAAUUGGAUGAACUAAAAUCAAAUUUAUUAGAUUAUAAACUACAAACUGAUAGUCAUUUUAAUUCAAUUGAAGAAAGAUUACAUAAUUAUGCAUUGAAAUUUGGAGAGAUUGAUAAAUUUAUGUAUCCACAUUACUAUUAUCCAAAUACUCCUAAAACUCCUGUAUCACCUCAUAUGAAUAAUGGUGGUCAGUUAACCCCAAAAGAUCCAAAUUCACCCUUAUAUUACAAUGAUCCAAGAGUUCAAUUAUUAUCAAAUAAACAGUCUCAAAAUUCCAAUAAUACAACUCCAAUAAUAACUGGUAACGGACCAAAUGGAAACAACAAUAAUAAUAAUAACAACAACAAUAGCAACAAUAAUAACAAUGUCAGUAAUAAUCCAAAUAUAAUUAUAAGCGCAACUGAUUCAAUUGAUAAGAAAAAUAUUUCCCAAAAAUUACACCAAAGAGUUCAACAACAAGAACAACAAAAACAAUUAAAUUUAAUGCAACAACAACAACAGCAAUCAUCCCAACAACAACAACAACAACAACCAUCCCAACAACAAUCGUCACAACAAAAGCAGCAACAACAACUAUCACAACCAAAUUCACCAAAAGGUAUGUUAAUAGAUGGAAAAUAUCAACAACAACCAAAUUCUCCUCAUAAUUCAAAUUCUCAAGUCCCUCAUUAUUCAGUUGAUAAUAUGAAUUCAAAUUAUCCUCAAGAUAAUAGAUAUUAUUAUCAAUAUCAUCCACUGCCAUAUUAUCAUUAA